UUUCUUCACUACACGCUCGAAUUUCUUCUAUAGUAUAAUUCAUUGGAAAAAUAUCAGAUCGAAUUUGAGAAUCAAUAAAUGGCCAACUUAAUGGAAUGUUUGAUUCCCAGGCAGCCACUUUGGAAGCUCAGCAGAUUAUCAGAGCCAAGUGCUAUCCAGAUUUUCCCUCUUUCUCUCUCGCUCUCUCUCCCCCCCCCCCCCCUCUCUCUCUCUCUCUCUCAAAGCUGACCAUAGUGAGUGUUAUUUUUUGAUUAAGGUGUCUUAACUAUAACUUUUACAGUGCUUAACAGGUAAUAAUUCACUUGCUUUACAUAUUAUAAUCAAGGAAUAACUAAUAAAUAUAUAAAAAUGCAUGUAGCUGUUCUUUAACCCAAUACAUGGUUGAAGGAAUUUUCUUUUGCAAUCAUCUUUUGCAAUUAUCUAGUGAGUGAGUUGCUUUUACAUUUUAUAUACUCCUUCUCUCACUCCGCUCUCUCUGCCCUUUAACUUUUUUCUUUACUGAGUCAGUGGCAGCAGGCCAGGCAUGCUUCUUCUCCUUUAAGUGCUUUUUCAAGCCAAACAAAACCCUGCUUCUUUCUUGGCUCUUGGGCCUGUCAGUACGUUCUGAGUAAGUGAGUGAGUGCAAUUCUCUGGUUUUUCCUCUGAGACAAAAUCAUCAUACACCUUGCAAACAAAACAAAAGCUUGAAACUUUCAAGUUUUUUGGAUAGAAAGCUAAAAACCCAACUUCGAGAUUUUGGUUUUGUGCAAGUUUUCACACUGCUUUUUCCAGCUCCAUUUUUGCUUCUUCCUAUUGGGUUUUGGUUGUUUUUGGAGAUUCAAAUCAAUGGAAAUUAGGACGGAAGGUAAAGCCUUGUGCUUUGUGGCUUUUUUCUGCUUUUGGACUUCUGCAACUGGUUUGCUUUCUCCAAAGGGUGUUAACUAUGAAGUGCAAGCAUUGGUGAGCAUUAGAGAAGCUCUCAAGGAUCCUCGCGGCGUUCUUCGAAAUUGGGAUGGAACUUCUGUUGAUCCCUGCAUCUGGAACAUGGUUACUUGUUCUCCUGAUGGCUUAGUCAUUGGCCUGGGAACUCCAAGCCAGAAUUUAUCAGGCACUUUGUCACCAAGCAUUGGAAACUUGACAAAUCUCCAGCUUGUUACAUUUCAGGAUAAUCAUAUAACAGGAUCGAUCCCCGCCGAGCUCGGGAGGCUCCAAAAGCUUCAAACACUUGAUCUCUCCAGCAACUUGUUCAAUGGAGAAAUUCCCAGCACUCUAUCACACCUGAAAAGCCUACAAUACCUGCGGCUAAACAAUAACACUCUCUCUGGGGCAAUUCCUUCAUCAUUUGCUGAUAUGACCCGGCUGGCAUUUCUGGACAUGUCUUAUAAUAAUUUGAGUGGUCCGGUCCCAAGGUUUCCCGCUAAAACAUUCAACGUUGUGGCAAACCCUCUGAUAUGUGCCACAGGAAAGGAGCAAGACUGCUCCGGCACGACACGACCGCCGCUAUCUUUGCCCUUGAAUAAUUCAACAAAUUCUCAAGCCGCCGGGAGACCUAGGAGCCACAAAAUCGCCUUAGCAUUUGCCUCGAGCCUUGGCUGCAUCUGCCUUCUAAUUCUUGGUUUUGGUUUCCUUCUUUGGUGGAGGCAGAAACACAACAAGCAAAUAUUCUUAGAUGUUACCGAACAACGUCACGAAGAAGUUUGCCUUGGAAACUUGAGGUCGUUUCACUUCAGAGAACUUCAAGCAGCAACACACAACUUCAGCAGCAAAAACUUGGUUGGUAAGGGUGGUUUCGGGAAUGUCUACAAAGGAUAUCUCCGUGAUGGUACAGUAAUAGCAGUCAAAAGGCUCAAGGACACGAAUACCAUAGGUGGGGAAAUCCAAUUUCAAACCGAACUCGAGAUGAUCAGCCUUGCCGUGCACAGGAACCUCCUCCGGCUUUAUGGUUUUUGCAUGACAGCCAAAGAGAGGCUUUUGGUUUAUCCUUACAUGGCUAACGGAAGUGUUGCUUCGCGUCUCAAAGCCAAGCCACCCCUGGAUUGGAGUACAAGGAAAAGGAUUGCAUUGGGUGCUGGAAGGGGACUAUUGUACUUGCAUGAGCAGUGUGACCCCAAGAUCAUUCACCGCGAUGUGAAGGCUGCGAAUAUUCUACUAGAUGAUUACUGCGAGGCUGUUGUUGGAGAUUUUGGGUUGGCAAAGCUGUUGGAUCACCAUGAUUCACACAUUACAACCGCUGUUAGGGGCACCGUGGGGCACAUUGCCCCGGAGUACCUCUCAACAGGCCAGUCCUCUGAGAAGACUGAUGUUUUCGGGUUUGGUAUCCUCAUACUUGAACUAAUAUCUGGACAAAGAGCUCUUGAGUUUGGGAAAGCAGCAAACCAGAAAGGGGCAAUACUUGACUGGGUGAAGAAAAUCCAACAGGAAAAGAAGUUUGAUGUGCUGGUUGGCAAGGAACUGAAAAAUGACUAUGAUCCAAUAGAGGUCGAAGAAAUGAUUCAAGUAGCUCUCUUGUGCACUCAAAAUCUUCCUAGCCAGAGACCAAAGAUGUCUGAAGUGGUUCGAAUGCUUGAAGGAGAUGGACUCGCGGAGAAAUGGGAGGCUUCUCAGAGAGCUGAAUCGAAUAGGUGCAGAACCAAUGAGUUUUCCUCCUCGGAACGGUACUCUGAUCUUACCGAUGACUCUUCAUUGCUUGCACAAGCAAUGGAGCUGUCUGGACCAAGAUAAUACUACUCUCUAAGUAUAUAGAGAAAUUAGUUGAUAGUAAAGAAUCAAAAAUAUGAGUGAGAGUUGGGGUUGGUUUGUAUAUUAGCAUCAUAAUAUUUUGUCAUAUUGAACGUCCAAAGAGUUGUGUAAGUUGGAGAAAAACUCUCGUGUAACAAAAGACACUAUAUGACAAGCAUUUAUUGGACGAGUGAUGUCACUAAUUCUA